GUCAACAGUGAAAGUGCAGACCUCGGUAGGAAACAACCGCAGGAUAUGGGCCGGAUCGCCAGUGUCCCGGGAAACCUGUACGUCCUUCUCGCGGCGUGGACGAAGUUGAGAGUCUGGGGGCUUGGAUUCGGCGGAAGCGGAGGAUUCGGCGGAGGGGGCGACUUCGCGGCCGGGUUCCCUCAGACCGGGCUCGGGUUCUUCGACAAGUCUCUCGUCAGGUGUGGAGAGAGUUCCCACCUGGAUGGGUUCAGGGAUCCGGGGAUCCAGGGGGUCACCCGGGGUUACGUCGAGCAGCGGAAGCAAGGACUCCGUGGCGACUUCUUUCGACCUCCUGUCGACUUUGAAUCCGACUACAGGGCAGAACCAUGGAUGGCGGCGAUACUGAAGGCACCAGAGAACACCUUCCUCUGCUCGGGGACUCUCAUCAGUGCGUGGGCCGUCCUCACUGCUGCCACCUGCGUCAAUGGGAUAAACAAGCGUUUCCUGCGAGUCCGCCUGGGGGACUGGGACCUGAAGGACGAGAGCUCGGCCGAGUACCACCCGACCCUGGAGGCCCCCGUCGGGGACGUGAGGGCUCACCCCAAGUGGAACCCCGGCACGAAGGCGUUCGACCUGGCCGUAUUGAUCUUGGAGUGGCCGGUGGAUUUCAACAAAUACCCUCACGUUCGGCCCAUCUGCCUUCCCGAUAAAUUCGACAACUUCAUCGGAUCAGAAUGCUAUGUGGCUGGAUGGAACAAGGCGAACACGAUGCCCGUUAACGAACUGGUUACAGUUUCGAGGGACUUCGGGAAGCCGGCCAGGACUACCUCACCUUUUGACUUUUCCGGGAAACGCUUCGGAUGGCGAGUAGGAAAAGGAGGAGGGGGAGGAGGAGGAGGAGGAGGAGAAGGGGGUCAGGGAUUCUGGGACUUUGGACGUGGAGGCGGAGCGAAAUUCGGGUCCAUCCCGGGCACAUCCAAUUUCCUCGUAUCCUCCUUCGGGGAGGAGAAUGAGCGCGAGAAGACGUACACGUUCUCCAGGCAGAGUUUCAGCCAGGUCCUCCAGGAGGCCAGGGUCAAGAUCGUCGAGAGGGAAUGGUGCCAGAAGCAUCUCGGAUCUCUGCAGCAACUUCUCUACUCUCAGGAGUGCGCUUUUGGACGGGAUUACGACAAUGCCUGUAUCGGAGAUGUGGGAGCGGCGAUCGUGUGCAAACAGCGCCCCCUAGCGGGCGGAUACGGAGGGAAGCGCGAGGCUCGCCCUCCCCACCUCGCCCAAGGCACGAGCGGGGAGGAUCUACAGUCCUUCAUCCAGACCUCCCCUCCAGACUUCCAGCCCUUCCUCCAGGCCUCCCCUCCAGACCUCCAGCCCUUCCUCCAGACCUCCCCUUCGGACCUCCACGUUCAGAAGAGGGAGGCGGUGGGGGAAGAACGACUCGUCUUGGCCGGCGUCGUGUCUAUGACGGCGGAGUGCCCCGCUCCGAACGCGGCUGGGAUCGGCGAGGCCCCUCUCGUCUUCACCCGAGUCCAGGACCAGGUCGACCUCAUCUGGGGCAUCGUGGAGCUCCAGACCUGACGUUCGUGUCGAGGAUUUCAUUUAUUUUAUUUCGAAAAGCGAGGCUGAUCGAUGCGGAGGAGGUUUCUGUGAAAAGCGUAUUCGGUUUCUAUUGAAUUUCGCAGUUUUUGUACAGGCCAUUUUUAUGUAUUUUUUCGUCGAAUAUCUGAAAUAAUGAACCAAAAUAAUCCCUAGC